AUGGAAGCUCUUUACCACCGUGUGAACGUGAGCUCUCAGCAAUUUAUACAUCCGCAUUAUAUUUAUAGCAUUUGGAAAAAGGCUCAUAAAAAAUGUUCAGUAUUAGUAGAUCCACCGGAGUACGGCUGGAUUGAAGAAAAUAAUACGUAUAUAUUUAAAUGGUUUAAUGGAGAUCAGUUGCCCAGUUUUAUGAACGAAUUAGUCACAAAUCCACCAGAAAUAAUUCCGUCUGACGAUGAGAAUGUAGAUUUCGAUGGGAUUGAUGCAUCUGACGAUGAACCUGAAGGCUACUAUUCAGAUAGUCAAGGAUGA